AUGUUGUUUCAACUCUUCGUCGCAAGUGCCGUCUUAGCAUUGAGUGGCGUAAAGGCGGCACCCCUCAGCUCUGAGGCUCCAGACCGUGGUAUUGCUACUAGUCUAGAUCCUCAGGAUUCAGAUUGCGAGCCAGGGGAGCUGUCGAAUACCACUUGGGUUGAGAACAACGUUGAUGCGUUUCUGGCAAACGCAUCACAGCACUACACGGAGUAUCCCUACGACAAUGUUCAGGCUUUGGGGGCCUACCUUGGUGCCCCGAACUUCUUUUGCGGCGUGAACACAUGGUGUAAUGCUGGCCAGCCAUGCUCUCCAGUAACUCUUCCCGGCUGGUAUGUUGUCUUCCACCGAAAGUUUCUUUACGUUCUGAUAGGAGCUAACUUCCAAAGGUAUGCCUUGAUGGGCGUUCAGGGAUGGAAUAAUUACGUCAACAACUUGAAUCUCGCUUUAACGUAUACAGCCACGAUACUUAGUUUCAAGCUUAGCAAGCUUGUUAACGACCUUUGGCCGGCACAAAAGGACAAUGUCACAGGCUGGAAGAUAUUCAUUGCAUGGGUCAAUGGCGUUAUCAACGCGUUUCCAACGACCGCAGUAUACGGCGCCACUGCAGGCGCCUGGGCUAGUGCUGUUCAGGGUGGCGGCAUCAUCAGCAGUGGCAUGAUGGUAGCACCGUCGGGGGGCGACCAGUUCAUCAGGUGGAGCGAUCUGGCCAACCAGAUGGGCUCCCAAAUCGACGAGUACAAGAAAGCAGUUGGGGCGUAUGCGAAAACCGUGAUUGACGCUCCCAUCGCCGACCCGAAGUGGGGGAUCAACAAAGUCUUGAGCGGCGGCGUGUUCCUCACCCGCGACAACAACAUCACUCAGGACGACGUCGACAACUGGAUGUAUAAAUCCAUCAGCACCAACGCUAUGGGACUGCUCAUGCAGACCCAGAACGUGUACAUAAUCAGGACCUUCAACAAGACCGAGUGCGACCCCACGCCGGAUGCCAUCUUUUGCGAGAUUCAGCCCAACAACAAGUGGACUGAGCGCCGUUUCCAGAAGCGGAAAAGCAGCAAGCCGGAGAACAAGCUGGCGAAGAAGCUGAUUGAGACGUACGGCCUGACCAAGGAGCAGGUAUUGAAGGGACCAACGGACUGUUUCGACGCGAGCGACUAUGAGCAGCUGAUAAACCCCUGGGAAACAUUGACGGAAAAGGGCCUCACUCUGGAGCCGAUCCGACUGUGCAACUUCAAUGUUAACGUCUGCAACUUUGAUGAGGCCGAGGACUAUGGUUACGCUUACAACUCUGAUCACACCGACGGCUGGUGCGAAGCGCAAGGAAUUGAUUGGGUUUAGUUGACGGUUCUUUUCUUUCUCUUUUUCAUGUACAACACCGAGGACCUAUGAGAGCCUCCGUGUAAGAUAGAGACUGAAGCAGUGUUUUCGCGUCUUUUUGUGACUGGCGUCUACGACACAGGAGAGUAACGUAUCUGAGCAGAGGGUGGGAAAAUUGAUAAUACUACUGGCCAUGUCUUC